AUGAGAAAGGGAGAUAGUGAAAUGGAUUUCUCAAAGGUUAAAGAUGGCAAUGAAUUCAAAGUCAUUCAACAUGUUUUACAAGCACUUGACAAAAAUGGGUACAAGUUUACAGACAACUUCUUUAGUACUAGAGGUCUAGAUGUACUCGCCAACCAACCAUCCAAUGACACUACCAUCAACAACUUUAUGAACCAGCUAAUGAACCGAUUGCAAGAUACCUCGGUGACUCCACUCGAUCAAGAAAAGAUGUACAAUGAAUACAAGAAAAAGCUGGUGCUCGAGGGAAGAGACUACCGAUUCUACCAAGACGUCAUUGACAGCGGUCAGCUCACCGAUGAUGACAAGAUACUCAAUUGUGGUCCCAUGCCAUUCAUUUAUCCAAACAACUGUGCAUUGAACAAUGCAAACGAACUAAGAAUCAUGGAAGGUGUAGAAAGAACUCAUCUUGUUUUAAAUCCACGUGCUGCUUCAAUCAUUGAACAAAUUCAAGGUCCUUUAGCUAUUGUAUCUGUAAUUGGACCUUAUAGAUCAGGUAAAAGUUAUCUAUUGAAUAGAAUGAUGUCUAAAAAGUUGUCAAGAGGAUUUGAACUUGGACAUACGAUGGAGAGUUGUACAUUGGGUGUAUGGAUGUGGGGUGUACCUUUUAAACAUCCUAUUGUCUAUCCUGAUGGUACCGAGGAAGAGGUGACUGUCAUCCUUUUAGAUACCGAGGGUUUAGGUUCGACCAGUAAGAGUACCACCAUUGAGUGUGAUAAUCAGAUUCUCUCGCUAUCAAUGUUAUUGUCGUCCAACGUUGUCUACAACUCUGUCUCUGUUCCAACAUCGGGUGAUUUCGACAAGUUAUACUUUAUCACCAAGCUCUCUCAAUCGAUUGUCGUUAGAAAGGGUGAGAAUCGAAACACCCAACAAGACUUGGAACAGUUCAGUCAGUUUUUCCCAAGUCAUUUCAGCUGGGUGUUUAGAGACUGCCAUCUCACUCCUACUUUGAAUGGUAUCGACGAGUGUACAAUGGAAAGAUUCAUGCGUGAAAAGGUAUUCAAGCUAGAAGACGAAACAUCGGAUCUCUUUGACCAAGAAAACAUUAUUCAUCGAAACCGUAUUCGUAAAUUCCUCUUGACAGCUUUCAAAUCAUUCAUGGCAUUCACCGUAUCUCAUCCAGGUCAUGAAGCCUUAAAAUACAAUAUCGAAGAUAUUGACAAUCCUUUUACUUCCCCCAAGUUCCACACUGAUGUUGCCAAUUUCAUUAGUUCAAUCAAGAAUGUUCUUCAAGUUAAAAAGGGUCUAAGUCCAGGUUCAAGAAUGAAUGGUAGACAAUUAAUAUCACAACUUAAAAUUUAUUUGGAUGAUAUUCAAAAUGGUAAAUCUAUCAAUGUUGAAUCGACUUGGGAUACAACAUUAAAACUUGGUUAUGAAUCCAUUCUAUGUGACACUGUUAAAAUGUUCCAAACUGAAAUUACCCAACGUAUUUAUGCUCUGCCAAUCAGUCAUCAAGAGUUUAUGGCUCACUAUCAACAGGCAAUUAGAACAUCUGAUCAAAUGUUUGCAAAGAUUUUAGAUUUGGAUACCGAUUUACAAUAUUUCCAAAAAUAUUCAGAAAGAUAUCAUGAUGAAUGUGCACAAUUUGAUGAAAAGAAUCAAUUAAUUGGAGGAUUUUUAUUAUCAGUUCAUUUAAAGAAUAAUGAAGCAUCCAUUCAACAUAAUAGUAAAGUGAUUCGUACAUUGGUUGAGAAUAUUAUCAACCCAGUGCUUGGUGCUGAAAAUCCAGAUCAUCAAACUCUUGUCAAUGCCGAACAUCAAGUUGAAAAGGAAUACUAUGCCCAUGCAAAGGGACCAAAGAUUGAAGAUGUAUACAAUAGCUAUCGCGUUGAAAUUGCACAAAAGAGAGAAACCUUCCUCUCCUAUCUCAAACGUACCAAUCAAUUUAAAGAAUCGUUGGCCAAUAGUGAAGCUGAACGAGAAAAUAUUAGACAACAAAACAGUAUAUUGAUCAAACGACAAAACGAGCUAGAGGUUAAUAUCAAGACAAACGAAACAGUCUUUCAACAAAGAAUCGAACAAAUGACAGCUUCCAAGAAUGAAUUGGAAAACAGAAUGAAGAGUACCAUUGAAGCCAAUGCUAAUCAAUAUGCCCAUCAUGUUCAACAAUUAAACAGCACCAUUGCCAAUAAUAAUACAAAUGCCAAUAAUCGUCAAGCUCAAUUCCAAGCUACCAUCAAUAGUCUUCAAGGUCAAAUCAGUCAGCUUCAACAAGCUCGUCAAAAUUGUGGUGGUGGUGGAGGUGGUCGUCGUAGAUGUGUUAUUCAAUAA